AUGACAAAUAAACAAGAAUCUUUAAUUAAUAAUUAUUGCAAUACUAAUUUAGAAAAUAUAGAUGAUAAUAUGUAUAUAGAAGAAGAUAAUGAUAUUGAUGAGGAUAGUUUUGAAGUUGAAAAAAUUUUGAAUCAUAGAAAAUUUAAAAAAAGAAUGAAAUUUAUAGUUAAAUGGAGAGAUUAUGAUGAUUCUUAUAAUGAAUGGAUAUGGCAGGAAAACUUUAAUGAUACAACCAUCAUUGAUAAUUACCUUAAAAGUUUAACCAAUUAG